AUGGCGGACGAGGAGGUGACCAAGCGCGCCCCGACGGCGGCGGAGAAGCGGGCGGCGCGCCGAGUGCGCGUGUUGCAGAGCAGCGAGAGCCGCCUGAAGCUGCUGAAGGGCCAGAUCUCGUCGCUCAAGACGCCCGAGCUGACGCUGGAGCAGCAGCUGGACGAGGGCGUGGAUGAGCUGCUGGGUAAUGGCUCCGAAGCGUCCGCGGAUGCUCCUGAGGUGGAUGACGCGCCUCCUGCGGAGCUGAAGAUCCCCCAACGUGUGGACCCGGCACAACGACGACGUGAUGCCGCCGCCAGACGCCGCCGCAAGGAGAAAGUGGUGCAGCAGAUGCUGGGGACGGAGCCGCAGGAGGUGGAGCAGGCUGCCCCUAAUAAGGAGUCGACAGAACAUAACGCCCACGAGACGCCGCUACCUGCUGCUGUUGCUGCUUCAACUAUCGCUGCGCCUGAGCCAACUUUCAGUCGCCACUCGACGGCGUUGAAGCUGCUGGCGAUGGAGGAGAAGCUCGUGCUGCUGCUUAUUGUGGCGGCGGCGGUGUAUGCAGCCGUGAGUAUGGACCUGACGUCCAUCACGGCGAGUUUGGUCGCCGACGACCAGUUGUACCAGGACCUGAUCGCCAAGGGCGUCCCCAUGGAAGCCAUCAGGCAGCAGAUGGAGCGCGAGCAGGUUGCGCCCGAGCUGAGGAACAAACUGGAGCAUCUAAUGACGCAACAGCUCAAGAUGGAGGCGAUGGGCGCGUCGGCGGCUGCUGGUACCUCUGGCUGGCUGCCAGAUGUGGCGGACCUGGGCUUCUUCUUCACGUCGUUGCUGGCGCACCCGCCCAUUGCGCUGUGCGUCUUCCUGGCGCGAAUGCUGGUGUCGACGGGCGCGAACGCUCUGCAUAAGGCGCUGGAUCUGCCGGACGUGAAGAAUCCGCAAGAGGGAGACCUCGGAUUCCUGGCGAAUUUGGCGCUGUCUAGUCGUCCAGUGCUGAAAGAGUUCCUAGUGAAGGGCCGCAAGUCGCUCGACGACGUUUUUGUCUUCGUCUUCGCGCUCGUGGUGUGUGUCGCCAUUCGCGUGAUUUGGCUCAGCUAGUCGCAGUUUGAAUCGAGAUAGGAUAGUUUUCAUCCAGCCUGCAGUAUCCGCAGUGAGUUUUCUGGAGGUCAACCGGUGUUUUAGGUAGAACCCGCCUUUUCGGGUUUUUC